ACUUCAUGGCAAAAACGUGAAUAACUGCAACUCCAGUGUCAAUCUCCUGCAAGCAACAUCUGCCUCGUGCAUAUCGACACUCCACACUAUACAUAACCCACUCCGUACCCUCACCAAAACCUUCACACCUAACCUUUUCCGGCGACUCCACGGCGGCGAUACACCGAUCACUAUGCUCUCCAGAGGUGUUCCGACCGCCACCGCCACCGCCUACAAUGACGUAAUCAAAGAAACCGCUCGUUCCGUCACCAAUUCCCGAUCUAUCGAUUCCGUUUCAAUUCGACGAAGAAACAACGGUUUUGUGUCCAAUUCGUUGUGCCGGAGAGUUGCGCCGGUAAUGGCGGUGAAGGUUGAUGAGCAGCGGACCGGAGUCGCGGUCGAUGUUACGGAGAAACGGCUCGCGGACCGGUUGCGGAUGGGGAGCUUGACGGAAGACGGAUUGUCGUAUAAGGAGAGGUUUAUUAUUAGGUGUUAUGAGGUCGGGAUUAAUAAGACGGCGACUGUUGAGACGAUUGCGAAUCUGUUGCAGGAGGUAGGAGGAAAUCAUGCUCAGAGUGUCGGAUUUUCAACGGAUGGAUUUGCAACUACAACCACCAUGAGAAAGUUGAAUCUCAUAUGGGUCACUUCACGAAUGCACAUUGAAAUUUACAGAUAUCCUGCUUGGAGUGAUGUGGUUGAAAUUGAGACUUGGUGUCAAGGUGAAGGGAGAAUCGGGACUAGACGUGAUUGGAUUAUCAAAGAUCAUGCCAAUGGUGAGGUCAUUGGAAGGGCUACAAGCAAGUGGGUGAUGAUGAACUCAGAAACUAGAAGACUCCAGAAAGUCAAUGACGAUAUAAGAGAUGAAUAUUUAAUAUUUUGUCCCAAGACACUGAGAUUAGCAUUCCCUGAAGAGAACAACAAUAGCCUGAAAAAAAUAGCAAAACUGGAAGAUCCUGCUGAGUGUUCGACACUCGGACUUGUGCCCAGACGAGCGGAUCUUGAUAUGAACAAGCAUGUUAACAAUGUUACCUACAUUGGAUGGGUUCUCGAGAGCAUCCCACAAGAAGUUAUCGACACUCAUGAACUACAAACAAUCACCUUAGAUUACAGGCGUGAAUGCCAGCAUGAUGAUGUAGUCGAUUCCCUCACGAGUUCUGAAUCACCCGCUGUUAACGGUUGUGCUAGUGGUGAAAAUUUAAGCAAGUUUUUGCAUCUACUAAGAUCAUCUGGUGAAGGUCUUGAACUAAACAGAGGUCGGACUGAAUGGAGGAAAAAACCCGCAAAAAAAUAAAAAGCAUAUUAGCAUUUGUCUUUCUGUUUUGUUGCAUCUGUGUUUCGUAUUUAUCCUUUCUGCAUUUCGCCUAUUCUGGGAUAUAGGCUAGUUUCCUGAUUCUUAAAUCAGUGGGAGUGAUUUUUGUAUCUUUUCUUUAUUAUCCUAUGUUGUGUUUGUAUAACCGUAUGAAUCUUUUAUCUAUAAAAUAUUUAAAAAAAAAUAGUUGAAAAUAAUA